GAUGUUGUAGUUCAGAAGGAUUUGACUGUUUUGUGGCAAAUUGAUAUGAACGGGAAAGUGAAUGGUGCUGUCGAGACAUGCUUUGGGUCAUUCCACUGUUAUGCACAGUAUUUGAACUUCUCUCACCCUCUUAUUAGGGGGAGGUUUAAUCCCAAGGCUUGUGCUUGGGCUUAUGGGAUGAAUAUAUUCAAUCUUGAUGCUUGGAGGCAUGAGAAAUGCACCGAGCAAUAUCAUUAUUGGCAGAACCUGAAUGAUGAUCGGACUUUAUGGAAAUUGGGGACACUCCCACCUGGCCUGAUCACCUUCUACUCGACGACGAAGUCAUUGGACAAAUCAUGGCAUGUUCUUGGGCUUGGGUACAAUCCUAGUAUUAGUAUGGAUGAGAUCAAUAAUGCUGCUGUCAUCCAAUUCAAUGGAAAGAUGAAACCUUGGCUCGACAUUGCUAUGAACCAAUUCAAGCAUCUCUGGACUAAGUAUGUUGAUUAUGAAAUGGAGUUCGUGCAGAUGUGCAAUUUUGGCCUCUAAACGAGCACUAUUACUUCCUAAACAAAAGCAAGGUACAGCACAGUCCAGUUAGGUUGCCCUUUUUUGUGUUACUCUUGCAACCUGCAGGGUUUUCAUCUUUCAGAGCAAAGCUUUGAGCUGUUAUUUUUCUGCCGUAUCUACCAUUUUUUCAGUGUUUUUGGAGUUGAAGUGUUGAUAAUCGAAUCCAACUUGCUUGGGUUGUGUACACGCUGAAGUAUUCUUUUGUAUGUAAUCAUCAUUAACAAUAGAUUAAUGAUUCAAAAAUAGCAGG